AUGUCUAAUACACUGGAAAAAAACCUGAACCAGAUAAUCUCGCCGACGAGUUCACUUUCCGUAACUGAGACGGUAAACGGGUCGCACCAUUUCUUAAUCCAGGGGUACUCUCUGGCGAAAGGCAUGGGCAUCGGAAAACACAUAGCCAGCGAUUAUUUCUCCGUCGGAGGUUACCAGUGGGAAAUUUACUUUUACCCCGACGGUAAAAAUCCUGAGGAUAAUAACACUUAUGUGUCGGUUUUUAUUGCGUUGGCGAGCGAGGGCACGGACGUGAGGGCGUUGUUCGAGUUGACCUUGGUUGAUCAGAGCGGGAAAGGGAAGCACAAGGUGCACAGCCAUUUCGAUAGGUCGCUUGAGAGCGGACCUUAUACUCUUAAAUACCGCGGCAGCAUGUGGGGAUACAAGCGCUUUUUCAGGCGAGCUCUGCUCGAAAAUUCAGAUUAUCUAAAAGAUGAUUGCUUGAAGAUCAAUUGUACUGUUGGAGUUGUAGUUUCUGCUAUAGAUUGUUCAAGGUUACAUUCGAUUCAAGUCCCUGAUUCUGAUAUUGGAGAACAUUUUGGUAUGCUGCUAGAAAAUAUGGAGGGUUCUGAUGUUAUUUUUAAUGUGUGUGGUGAGAAAUUUCAUGCCCAUAAGUUAGUAUUGGCUGCCAGAUCCCCCAUACUUCGAUCUGAAUUUUUUGAAGAAUUAGAUAAGGAUAAGCAAGAGAUUACUGUUUCAGAUAUGGAGCCUAGGGUUUUUAAGGCUAUGCUGCACUUUGUAUACAGAGAUGCCCUUGUGGAAGACGAGCUGAUGGCAUCUAGCUCUUCUUCUGCUCCCAUGGUAUCUGACACGUUAAUAGCAAAGUUGUUGGCUGCAGCCGAUCAUUAUGAUCUGGGAAGGCUUAGACGCAUGUGUGAAUCUCAUCUUUGCAAGGAUAUAUCAGUAAAUUCUGUUGCACAGAUACUUGCUUUGGCAGACCGUUAUCGUGCUGAAGAACUAAAAGCUGUUUGCCUUAGAUUCGCUGCUGAAAACCUGGCUGCGGUUAUGCGUUCAGAUGGCUUUGAAUAUCUUAAAGAAAAUUGUCCAGCCUUACAAUCAGAGAUAUUGAAGACUGUGGCUGGCUGUGAUGACGAUUGCAGCAGUGCUGGUGGCAAGUCUCGAAGUGUUUGGGCCCAGCUUUCUGACGGUGGUGAUACAAAUGGCAGGAGGGUAAGACAGCGGACUUGA